AGAAGCUCAGGUUCGAGCGACUCUUGUAUACGCACGUCGACUUGACUGUGCAUCUCACCCAUUAUCCUCUAGUCUAUUCGACAGCGACGCUGCAGGCAGCUAUGUUUGGUGUUAUAUGUUACGCGCUGUUACUCCUCGCACAUUACAACAUCGUCACCUCAGCUCAGGCUGCUUUCGAUCCCGGAGAUGGUACACCAUCCUGGAAGUAUAAUGUCUCGGCAUGCCCUGGGUACAAUCUCAAGUCUCUCCAGAACACAAAACACGGGUUUACAGCGCAUUUAAAUCUGGCGGGCCGGCCGUGUAAUGCCUUUUCCAGCGACAUUAUUAACCUGACCAUUCAGGUCUCAUACGAGACGCAAUCUCGACUGCACGUCAACAUUUUCGAUACUGCCAACCAGCAAUUUACACUCCCGACAGCCUACUUUGAACCUAGGUCUACGCCACCAACCGACUCUUCGCCGUCAUUCACGAGCUCUUCUAACCUCGUUUUCAACUACGAAUCUACUCCCUUCGCCUUCUGGGUCACACGCCGCUCUGAACCCGACGCUGCUCCCCUUUUCGAUACGCGGGUUUCAUCAUUGCCGCCGACGCCAAUACCAGCUUUCUUCCAGCCGACUGAGUACAACCCAGGAUCCAGCACCGGUUUUGACGGGUUUCCGCUUGUAUUCGAAGAGCAGUACCUCCAGCUGACUUCUGCCCUUCCACUGGACGCGAACAUCUACGGGCUCGGAGAAGUCGACGCAAGCAGCGGUUUCAGGAGGGAUUUAAGCGUGAACGGGACUAUUCAAACGAUGUGGGCUCGCGACGAUCCGAACUCUGUCAAUCUGAAUCUUUAUGGAUCGCAUCCGAUCUACCUCGAACAUCGGUUCAAUGGAAAAACAAAUACCUCUCGUUCCCAUGGCGUGUUUUUGUCUAGCGCCGCCGGAGCUGAUAUCAUUCUCGCCACACCUCCGUCAUCGGGGAAGUCGCUCAUUCAGUAUCGUAUGUUAGGUGGUACCCUCGACUUUUAUUUCUUUUCCGGUCCAGAUCCCAAAAGCGUCAUCGAGCAGUAUGGAGAAGUCGUUGGCAAGCCUACUUGGCAGCCUCUGUGGGCAUUUGGAUUUCACCUGUGCCGGUGGGGCUAUGAAAAUAUAUGGCAGGUCGAGGAACAAGUUGAAAACAUGCGCGCUAAUGAUAUCCCUCUCGAAACAAUCUGGAACGAUAUCGACGUGUAUCAUUCAUUGCGCGACUUUACUUCUGACCCUGUCAGCUAUCCCAGUGACGUGAUGAGAGAGUUCACUCGUAACAUGAGCGCCCGAGGACAACAUUAUAUCCCGAUCGUGGAUGCCGCCAUUGCCCACAUCGCCAACGACACCGACAUCUACGACCCCUUCUCCGCCGGGAUCGAGAAGGAUGUCUUCAUCAAGAAUCCUGGUGGUUCUCUGUACAUCGGUCAAGUGUGGCCCGGUUAUACAGUGUUUCCCGACUGGUUCGCUAGCAAUGUGGAACAAUAUUGGACGGAAGCACUGGCGAAUUGGUCUUUAAGUGGCGUAGAAUUCUCGGGCCUAUGGUUGGACAUGAACGAAGCGAGUUCGUUCUGUCUAGGUUCAUGCGGAAGUGGCGCCGACCUUUCCAAUACCACUGCACCUUUUCCGUUCCCAGGAGAUCCUGGGAACCCCGUACUUGACUACCCAGAAGGAUACAACUCAACGUUAUCCGGCCCAAGUGGCAACAUCACCGUUAGCGGGACCAAAACCUAUGGAGUUGGUGCUCCUGUCUACUCACCGGUGUACCAAAGUGGGAUCCGUAAGCGUGGCGUCGGUGCAGGUGGAGAGACAAAUAUCGAUCUUAAUAACCCUCCUUACACGAUUCACAACGGAUUUUUGGGUCUAUCGAAUCACACAAUCGCCACCAAUGCCACACAUGCUGGAGGCUUCGUCGAACUAGAUACCCACAACCUCUUUGGAUAUAUGGAGGAGCGAGCGACACACCGUGCCCUGACACAGAUUCGUCCUGGUGAAAGACCAUUCCUAAUCAGCCGCUCGACGUUCCCCAGCUCUGGGGCUUGGACUGGUCACUGGCUCGGCGACAAUUAUAGCAAGUGGGCGUACUUACAAUAUAGUAUCGCUGGUAUCCUCCAGUUCCAGCUUUACCAAAUUCCUAUGGUUGGAGCCGAUACCUGUGGCUUCGUCGGCAACACCAACGAGGAGUUGUGCAAUCGCUGGAUGCAAGCAUCGGCAUUUGUCCCCUUCUACCGUAACCACAACACGCGUGGCGCCAUCUCUCAAGAGCCCUACCGAUGGGACAGCGUUGCUGAGGCCAGUCGCACGGCCAUCGCCAUACGUUAUGCCAUGCUUCCGUACUGGUACACACUCUUCGCUAAUGCGUCAAUGUACGGAACGCCUCCCGUCCGUGCGCUCUUCUUCGAAUUCCCAAACGAGCCUGAGCUAUUCCCCGUCGACUUGCAAUGGAUGAUUGGGAGUGAUAUCUUGGUGACACCAGUGACGAACCCAAAUGUGACUUCCGUGGAUGGUGUCUUCCCAGGCCGUGGAGGUGUUGCUUGGCGCGACUGGUAUACCCAUGAAGUUCUUAACUCCACCCCAGGAGGCAACACAACCCUUUCCGCUCCUCUCAGCCACAUCAAUGUCCACAUUCGCUCUGGAGCUGCCAUCCUCCUCUUUUCUAAGCCAGGCUACACAACCACCGAAACCGCACAAUCGCCCUACUCCCUCCUCGUCUCCCUGACCUCUGAUGGGUACGCGUCUGGUAAUGCAUACAUUGACGACGGGAUCACAUUGCCCACUGAGUCCGCACCCGUGGCCAAUCGAACGGUCACUUUUUCGGUUGAUGGAGGACGACUGGACGUGGCGAGCGUGGGAAAUUGGGAUGUGGCGCAGAGGUUGGAUAUUCUGACGGUCCUCGGUGUGCUGGAUCCACCGACGGUGGUCAGUGUGGGUGGCACUAGGCUGACCAGCGGUUGGUCAUAUGAGAGUGUGGUGCAGAGAUUGAACGUGACGGGGAUGGGGGUGGAUUUGAACCUCGGGAGUACGACGAUUACAUGGAGCUAAUGAACGCGAGAAGGAGGCUCAGGGCGUCCGUUAUGAUACUCAAAACGCUUCAACCCGCGGUCUUUCUGGACUCCAUUCGAGGCCCGGUUGUUGUAUUUCGAUUCGUAACAGUUAAUUGCCCUCCCAUUUAUAUCCUUCUCUUGCGUGAUAUUUUACACCAUCGCCCGGUCACACUUCAUUUAAACAGCGUCGUCGAUGUAUUUGUACUCCGACACAGGGGCCUGUUAU